UUGCACUUUGAAGAAGAAGAUAAUCUUCUCGAUUUCUUUUGUGGUGUGACUGCUUGCUACGUAUCCACUUUUUGACUCGCUGUCCAGGUUGACCCACGGAAAGUUUAGACGCCAUGGCCGAAAACAUGCAUCUGUUUUGGGGUUCCGGUUCUGCUCCGUGCUGGAGGGUAAUGAUCGCCCUGGAAGAGAAGAAGCUCCAGGGCUACAAGCAAACGCUACUCUCCUUCGAGAAGAAUGAGCACAAGUCACCUGCUGUUUUAGCUCUAAACUCAAGAGGACAACUUCCUACUUUCAAUCAUGGAGACAUCAUUGUGAAUGAAUCCUAUGCAGCCUGUUUUUACCUGGAGAGUCAGUUCAAGUCUCAGGGGACCAAGCUGAUCCCAGAUGGCCCUGCAGAACAAGCCCUCAUGUACCAGCGCAUGUUUGAGGGGCUCACAUUCUGCGACAAACUCUAUGCAGUCAUCUACUACGAGUGGUUUGUGCCUGAAGGCGAGAGGCAUGACUCAGCCAUGAAGAGAAACCGCGAAGCCCUCACCACUGAGCUCAAGCUGUGGGAGGGUUACCUGCAGAAGGCGGGACCCCAUCUGGCUGGAGCCUCCUUUUCUUUGGCUGAUGUGACCGUCUUCCCGAUUGUGGGGAACCUUUUCAGAUUUGGGUUGUCUGCCGAGCGUUACCCAAAGCUGGCUGAAUAUUACGCUCUGCUGAAGGAUAGACCCAGCGUCCGAGCCAGCUGGCCUCCUCACUGGCUGGAAAACCCCAAAGGAGAAGACACACUCAAAGACAUCUGAGAUGAACGGCGUGUAACCCAGGGGUGGGGGCCAUGAUAUACUAAUCGAACAAAUGAUGUUAGUAUUUGUGUUGCAUGUUUUUGCUCUUUUUCUAACACUUAUCCUGAAGUUAGAUUUGCACUACAGGUCUGAUUGAACGCUCUAGCAGACUAAACAGGUUGCCCACCUCUGAUCCUAAUGCUUUAAGCGGUUCAACAAUCUACAUUCUAUCGCAUAGAAUAGCAUUAAAUGCAUUCACACUGUCUUAAUUUGCACAACCUGUAAAAAUAAAUGCACAUACACUUCCAAA